AAAGCAGGUUCAAUAAAACUCUGAGUCUAACCCUGAACUCUAGUUGAUCUACUCUGAGAUAGCAAACUCUGUGUUUUCGGUUCCACAACAGCUGAUUUGAGUUAGUUAAAUCAACUUGGAGUAGUUUCACCUGGGGUUAAGUGCGUGCACCACAACUUUAAAAAGACAGCAUCAAUGGAGCCCCGAUUCGACGAGUCACCAUGGCAAAGGAGGAGAAGAGGGCGGCAUUUUUCACCCUGGACAUCCUUAUUCGCUCAUAUGGCGAGUUUGAGCAUGUUUUUCUUUUUAAAAUGCAACACCGCUGCAGGUGCCAAACAGAGGGAGACGGCAUGGGAGAACAUUGCGGCUCGGGUCAAUGCGUGCAAUCCCGCGGGGGAGAAGCGCACCUGGCAGCAGCUUAGGAUGAAAUAUAAAAACAUUGUUCAAACAGCCAACAGAAAGAAAGCAGAUGCCCUUAAAAUGGGUGGCGGCCGAGCACCGCCACCUCUAAUGGAGGCAGAGGCGCUGGCCCUGAGACAGAAUUUUGGAAGGCCAGCGACUGAGGGAAUCCCUGGAGGGAGCUCAUCCUCUGAGCCCACCCCCCAAGACACAAGUGCCUUUAUAACAUAUUCUGAUGGUGCGAUCUGCCUGGUGGAGCCCCCUCACGCCACAACAGACCUUGUAACUGAUGAAGAGUACGAGGAGACUUUGUCUGCUGCCUUCACAGAGGGGGAACCAGAAAGGCCUGUAGAGGGCAUGGCUGGGCAGCAGCAGGAGGGUCCCUCAACUUCAACUGCACAGAUUGACACAGUGAGAUGGAUGUUCAGUAAAUUCAGUCUUGGACCGCCAGAUGAGAAGGGCAGAUCUCGAAAUUGAAUAACUAGAGCACAAGUUAGAGGGCGGUCAGAAAAGUGUGCCUCGCCCUGAAACGGCUACUGAACACCUUCAUCGUUUUCUCGGGACAUAAACCGGUCAGAGUCAUCAAGGAGGAGUUCCACAGGAUUGCAGG